ACCACGUGACGAUACUGUCAUGGCUGCGCCCUCGUGUCAUGCGUUGUGUGACCAGACUGAAGCCGCUUCAAUUUAGGUAAAUUGUUGUUAUUGAUCGUCUUCAGACGGAUAUUUAGUCUAACAACUUAACUGUUAAAUAAAUUUGACUAGUUUUAAAGCGCUUAGCACGCAUGCGCAGUCAAAUACUCGGUCUUUAGUUCAGCACGUUGGCGAAACUUGUUACAGUUUGAAGAAAAAUGAAGCCGAAGAAGGGGAAAACGGGGAGGAAGCCGAGCUCCUCGGUCAAAUUAAGCUUUGAUAUUAAGGGCAAAUGGAAACCAGUGGAGCUAGAUCCUCAUUUGUUCGCAGAGGAAGGCAUGAAGGACCUGGUGUGCUUCGAAGAGCUGACCUCCUACCGUCUGGUAGACAACGAGAAGGCAGUAAAACAGCUGAGAAAGGAAAAGAAACGAGCAAAGAAGAGAGAAGCCGAGCAGGCUGGAGAUGAACCUGUCAAAAAGAAGAAGAAGAAACGUCAGAAAGUUGCUAAAAAUGAUCCAGAGAUGGCUGGUUGUGGUACUAAUGAGGAGGUGAAGCAAGAAGGAGAAUCUUCCAGUCAGGAGGAUGGAGAGAGUCAGAAAAAAACAGCUGCUGUCUCUGAACACGUUCAAUCCAGCAACACAGAAAAGAAGAAGAAAAAGAAGCAGAAGAAAUCAAGACAGCAAACUGAACAGACUGCAGUCACAGAGAACCAAGAAACCACCAAACCUCCAGAAGAAGAAAAACCCCGUCUGGAUCAGAGAAAACCUCCCAAAAAGCAGCCAAAGAACUGGACCAACGCGGCGCUUUCUGGUUCCGAGGAGAAAAACUCUGAUGUGAGUGCUUGGAAGGAUCUGUUUGUCCCCUCUGCAGUGUUGAAGGCUUUAAGCAGCCUGGGAUUCACGUCACCCACUCCCAUUCAAGCCCUGGCUCUGCCUCCAGCUAUCCGAGACCGCAUGGACAUCCUGGGGGCGGCUGAGACCGGAAGUGGUAAGACGUUGGCUUUCGGUAUUCCCAUGAUCCACACCAUCCUGGAGUGGAAGGACGGUUCGGAAAUAACGUCCAAACCGGGAGACACAGAUGAGCCCAAAACGGGAGAGCAGCAGGAGGACGGCAUGGAGGCUUCAGGGGGAGAUGAGGACAUCGAAGUGGAUCAAACUCUUGGUUCUGAUGAAGACGAACAGGAAUCUGAGGGUGAAGAUCAGGACGAACAGCUUGGGUGUGUUCGAGUGAUUGACGAUGCAGAGUUUGACUUCAAGGAAAAUGUUCCUGAGGGGCGGAACCGGCCUCUCCUCGGACUGGUUCUUACUCCGACCAGGGAGCUGGCGGUCCAGGUCAAACACCACAUCGAUGCUGUCGCAAAAUACACGGACAUCCAAACGGCCAUAGUGGUGGGUGGCAUGGCGCAGCAGAAACAACGGCGGAUGUUGAAGCGCAGACCGGAGAUCAUCAUCGCCACUCCGGGACGUUUGUGGGACUUGAUCAAUGAAGGGCAUCCUCAUCUGCUCAAUCUCAGACAGCUGAAGUGUUUGGUCAUCGACGAAGCUGACCGCAUGGUAGAGAGAGGUCACUUCGCAGAGCUGGAGAACCUCCUGGAGAUGCUCAACACCACACACUUCAACCCCACCAGACAGACAUUUGUGUUCUCCGCCACUCUGAUGAUGGUUCACGGCUUGCCCAGCCGUGUCCUGCAGAAGAAGAAGAGGCAGCUGGACAACCGGAGCAAACUGGAAAUCCUGAUGGAGAAGGUGGGGAUUAAGUCCAAACCGAAAGUCCUCGACCUCACCAGGAAGGAGGCGACCGUGGAGACCCUGACUGAAACGCAAAUCCAUUGUCAGAAGGAUGAGAAGGACUUCUACCUGUACUACUUCCUGCUUCAGUAUCCCGGUCGCACCAUGGUGUUCGCUAAUAGCAUCGACUGCAUCAAGAGGCUCAGUGCUCUUCUGGUCAUUUUGGACUGCAACCCUCUCCCUCUGCAUGCCAACAUGCACCAGAAACAUCGCCUCAAAAACCUGGAGCGCUUUGCUGAAAAACAGAAUUGUGUCCUUCUUACGACUGACGUGGCGGCGCGAGGCCUCGACAUCCCCAAUGUUCAGCAUGUUAUUCACUACCAGGUUCCUCGAACAUCAGAGACGUAUGUCCAUCGGAGCGGCCGCACAGCAAGAGCCACCAAGGAGGGGCUCAGCUUGCUGCUCAUCGGUCCAGACGAUGUGAUGAACUUCAGAAAGAUUUCCAAAACUCUGGGAAAGGACGAGGAGCUACCCACGUUCCCCGUGGAAAACAAAUGCAUGAAGGCCAUCAAGGAGCGCGUGAACCUCGCCAGGAAGAUCGAAAAGAUCGAAUACUACAACAACAGAGAGAAGCAGCAUGACUCGUGGUUCAAGCAGGCAGCAGAGGCCCUGGAGGUCGACCUCGACGAUGACCUCCUGAUCGGUGGCGCUAGAGACCAGGAAACAGACAUGGAGCAAAAGAAGAUGGUAAAGCAGAUGAAGAAGAAUUUAAAACAUCUGAUUUCUCAGCCAAUUUUUAAGAACUUGGUAAAAACAAAGUACCCGACUAAAAUGGGGAAACUGGCCCUGGCGAACAUGCCUGUUGCAGGGAUGGAAAGCGCCCUGACCAGAAUUUCAGGACAGAAGAAACUGAAAAGAUAUUUCCCACAACAGCAGAAAGAACAAAAGCAAAGAAAAAGGAUGAAGAUGCAGAAAUAAUGUGGUUAAAUAAAAAGUUUCUGUACUAAAGAGAGCUUAAUUCUACCUUUAAUAAUUCUUACUGUUUGUGUAGCUUUGUGGAUGGGCCGCUAUAUUUUAUAAAGUUCUGUUUUCAUAAUGA